UUCUUCCCCUUUAAACUGCACUGAGCUGAGCUGAACCGCAAGGCGGCGCUGUUCAGCAGACGAGCUGUGCGGAACUUCAGCAGUAACAACAAUGGCGACCUGUGUGUGGAAGCCGUGUGAAGAAAGAGCCGAAACGGAGAAAGACGGCGCUGUUAUUGUCAAGUUUUCCAACGGACACGUGAAAAAUACUGACCAGCUGGACUUCAGGCUCUUCAAGCACGUCGAUGGAGUCAACCCGAGAAAGAAAAGCAGACGGAUUGUGGCUGCAGAGUCUGACAGGCUGACCUAUGUCGGAAGCAACUUUGGAUCGGGUUCCCUACAGUGCAACAACCUCUGCAGGUAUUUUGUGGGGGUUUUGGACAAACGAACCAUGGAGAUGAAAGUGCAAAGAGCCCAGAUUUUCAACCUGCAGCCCAGUAUACCAGGAGAAAUCGUAGUAAAUGAUGACAAAAAUGAGACCAAAUCCUACAGACAGAAGGUGGAUGAUCUCAUUGAGGCAUUUGGCACGACUAGACAGAAACGAGCUUUAAGCUCUAGACGACUGAACGAGGUCGGAAAUGAGACUCUGCAGAAGGCUGUGGACCGUGCCGCCGGCAAUGUGAUAGAUCAGAAAGGCCUGGAAGUGCUGCAGCAAGAGGUGGCAGAUUCGGAAGCUCAGACAGAAGUCGCUCUCUUCCUCCCACCUUUCAACAAGAAUGCGGAUAAGCGUGAAGACGUUUACCCCUUCAAUGGCCUUUUGUCUCCGGAUGAGUUGAAUGCACUUAAGCAGGUUGGGGAAAAGAUGGCUGGACUGACCUCAGAAGACCUUCUGAAAAUGAGAAAGGACAGCAGUCCAGAGACUGUGCUGAGGCUUUUGGAGUGCCUGCCCAAAGACCCUGAAGCUCGAAACAGACAGGCUUGCUGCACCUGGUACCUGCUGUUCCUCAUCAGACUUGCCCAGCAGAAGAAACUUUACUACAAGCUUGGGGAAGACGACUGUCCACGACUCAUCUACAAUAAAGUGCGGAAGAUCUUCACCGUGGAGACUUUUGCUAAAGGAAGAGUGAAAAGCACAGUGUCAGCUUCCAUGCAAGUAAAGUUAGCCUCCUAUUGCCUGGCUCUGCUGCUGCACGUGGGCGACCAGACGGCAAACCUCACACUCCUACACAGAGACCUGAAUAUUAGUGAAAGGAAGAUGCUGGAGGUGGCUAAGGCCAUGGGGCUUACGCUCUCCCGCCCACGGGAGGAACACAGAACGGCCUUUUUGGAGCUUCCACUGGUUCGCUACGAUCGCCACCCUGAAGAGAAGAAACGCAAGAAGAUGCAAUAAACUCUCAAUAGCAGUAGACUGUUUUGAAGUUGUGUUUAGUUUUGCAAUUAAAGGGACACUUCAACAGAACUACUCAUUUA